GACGCAAAAGAGGGAGAGAGGGCGACCUCCCCGGCCAAACCGUUCCUUUCCGAGCGGGGAAAGAAGACGAUGCCGGCUGGUAGCCUUUAAAGAAGGGGCUAAAGAAAUAACCCACCCCGCUUCCCCCCCCCCGCUCCCCCGGGCGGUCCGGCCCACAGCGUCCGGUUGCGUAGCAACGGGGCCCGCGCGCGGUACCGUUCCGCGGCCGCCCGGGCAGCCCCGGCUGCGCCUCCCCGCCAUGGCGGGCCCGGCCGGGCGGGCCCCGGGCCUCGCCUUCGUGGUCGGGAUGCGGGCGGGCGCGGGCCCCGCGGCGGGGCUCCUGAGGGAGAGCCUGGUGCGGAGCCUCUUCCUGCUGGCCGGCGGCCCCACCGGCGCCCUCUUCAACGUCGUGGCGUUCUCCGGCCAGGUGUUAAAAUGGCGCAACUGCCUAGUCAGGUGUUCGCUCAGCAGCGUCGCUGAAGCGGCAGCCUGGAUUCGAUCCCUGCGGUUUGAGAAUGGCACGAAUGCUGCGAGGGGCUUGGCCGCGGCGUUUGAGGACCCAGCCUGCGAGUCGGUGUGUCUGUUCACUGACAUACUGCCAGAGCAAGAGUCAGAGGAAAUCUGCCAACUUCUGACGGAGAACAAGUUGCAUCCGGUACACGUCGUCUGCCUUCUGGAUGAUUCGGACAAUCAUCAAAGAAGCAAGCAAAAAAUAAUGGAGAAAGUAGCCAGACAAUCAGGGGGGUCCUUUCAAGUGAUCAGACUCCCCCCUACUGCUUCUGAAAAGGUAAGCUCAAUGUCCAUCUCGCAUGUCCAGUGUUGUCACACAGCUAAUAAAGAUCCCUGUGGCUCUCUGCUGCCAAGAUGUCCGGGAAUAUACUUUCCUGUUUGUGCACGGAACCCAGGUUCCCUUUGUAUGCCCUUGAUAUCCUCGGCAAAAAGGAAUUUCAUUGAUUCAUCCCCAGAGGCUUCCAUUUUCAUGAGGGGGGCUCGUGUGUUGGCAAGGAGAGAAGCUGAUGGCUAUUACUACCUGGGCCACAUUGCCCAAGAGGUGAAGGGCUCCAGGGAACGCUUUUUAAUUGAGUUUGACAACAGUCGCAGUCUGAAAGGCAAGGUACAGCUUCGCAUGCAGGAAACGCCUCUCUACGACAUUCUCCACUACGAAGAUGCCAGGCAAAAGCCUCUUGCUCCAGGAGACAGGGUCUUGGCACCAUGGGAGGCUAGAGCUGAACGUUUUGGCCCAGGCACUGUGCUAAAGGUUACAGAGAACAAGGAGGCACGUUUAGCACACAAUGGAAGGGGAGUGCUUGUGAAUUUCUGGAAUGGGCAGACUAAGGACGUGUCUUCUGACCAAGCUCUGUGGAUCCCUCUGCCCUUAAGCGAACGCAUCAUCCUAGAACUGCAGAUGCCUUUAGCAGCCAGGCAGAUGGUGGUAGAUUCAAGCUUGGAUUACCCAUACAUCGUGACACCGGGUUAUAGAGCCUCAGGCCAUUACAGACAGGGUCACUCAGACCUGGACUACUGGCCAAGGGGUCUGUAUUCGACUCAGCCAUGUGCGAAGUGCAGCUGUAGGUGUAACUCACUUCCCCACUGCUGCCUUGCAGCCUGGGAACCCACACGGCCUACAGGGUGCGAAGUGCAGCAGAAAGAUGCCUUCAUCCCAAGAGCAAGCUUGACUAAAGAAGAGCUCAGCAAGAAAAUAGAAGAGCAACUGUCUGAAGUGAGUAUUUCAUCUUCAGAAAGUGUUUCCAGAGAGGAAGAGAAGAAGGAAAAGAAGAGAUUGAAGACGGAAAAUGUUCCAAAAUAUGUUCAGUCUUGUUUGGAAGAGGACAAUGAGGUUAUAGAACCUAAGAAGAGUCCACAGAGGAAGAUGGCUCAUGUGAUGGUUGAUACUGCUGUCAACACAGACAGCUGGUUAAUGGAGACAGUCCACAAGGAGGAAGCUGACAGUCGACAGCAGGAUGCUGAAACUGAGGCUAAUUUUAAACACGAACACGGUCUUUUUGAGUCCAGAGCGGCAGAAGCUCCAAUCCAGUAUUCCCAAAGGAGCCCUUCCCUGGGAACCAGUGCUUUAGUUCCCUUCAGGCGCCAAAGCUUCUUUAACCGAGUGAAUCAAUCGCUAGAGAAAGACAGCCUGAUCAUCAAAUCAGCUCUACGUGUACAGAGACCACACAGGACCUCCAAUGUGCAGGCUAGGAGAUCCACAAAUCUUCUAAAUCUUCUAAAAGACAAAAGCAUUGCAAAAUCAAUCCUUAAUGGUGCAUCUCAGGAGAGACGGAAAGAGAUGGACUUCAACAGAGCCAAGACUGAGCACAAAAGGUGGCAAGAGGAACAGAGGCAGCUGAAGAGAGAGCAGCAGCAAGAGGCAGAUGGCAUCCGACGUCAGCUGUGCCGGGACAACCAGAGGCAGCAAUUGCGUCAGAGAACAUUGCAAGGGCUGGAGAAACAGCUGGAGCACAAAGACAGAGCUUUGCAGCACAUGGCACUGCUCCAGGCUGCUGGGGCAGAGAGGAGCAGGAAGGAAUCUUUCUUGCCAGAGGAGAAAAGGAAGGCAAGUCAGAGGCUGCAGUCCUUAAAGACACAGCGUUUGCAGAGAGAGGAGUUGCAGGCAGAAUGUAACAAAAGGAGCUUUGAACAAGAGAAAGAAAGGCUGGAUUUUCUCAGGAGCAGAAUGCAGUCACGGCAGGAAGUGUUGGAACAAGAAUCAUGGGAGCAGGACAAGCAACAAAAACAGUACCAGGCUGCCAAAGGCAGAGGGUUCCAGAGUAGAGACCGUUCACGCCAGAAGAUGGAAAAAGGCCAAAAACUCUGUGACCUCCAGAAGUACCUCAGAGAACAGAAUCUUUUGAUGCUCCGGGCAUCACUGCUAGCGUAAGGAAGCUGCAGAGUGGGUAAGCAGGCCCUUGAGCAGUUCACAGACCUGCUUUGUAUCUUGUAGGUGCGAGUCAGUGUGCUGGAGUUUAGGUGCUUGAGUGCAGUUGUGACAAGUGGAAUUAUGAUUCCUGGAGAAGUCUUUAAUCUCUUUUUCACUGCAGCCAGAGUGCAUUUUCACUGCUUCAUCCUUUACAUGCCUUUCUUUCUGGAGUUAUUAUUCUAGUCCACCUCUGUCAAGUGAAGUGGUGCAAGCACAGGCACAGGUUAUGUCCUGCUAAUACAAACCUGCAGGGAAAUUAAAUACAGGCCUGAAAAGGCUUCUGCUGCUGAAUUCUGGGAACUUUCUGUGUUUCUUCCAGAGCAGCACCAGAAGAGCACACUUCUUUAAGGUCAAGGACCACAUAAAAUAGGAAGUGUAGUUACGUGAUGCUGUCAUAUGACUUACCUUGCUAUGUUAACGAUACAUGAAAUAUGGGGAAGGAGAGCGGGACACCAGCUGGAUGUUAAAAAAAACGAAACCACUGCAGCAAUGAAAACGUACAUGCUAAAAUACAAUGUAAAUUAUCCACUGCAGUUUCCAUUAUUAACAACUGACUCUUGCAAGUGUCCCAUUGCACGUGAGUUGCAGAGGUCCCUAGGGAAGAAGUCCCCAUACAUAUGACACAGUUGUGCUGCUUCCUGCCAAAACUGCUGUAGGCAGCAGGGCAGGGAUCCAGUGACGUGAGAGGUGCUUCAGAAAACCUGAUAAGACAGCUUGGAACCCUCCAGCGUGGGCUUCAGGUAAGUGUAGAUCUUCUACCGUCAGGGUGUACAUACUGCUUGGAAAUACAUAGGCUACUCCCCUAGAGGAGGAAUGACUUACAGAAGCCCAAAAUGCAAAAAAGAUUUUUUUUUUUGGUGAUGGGCCACCCUUUCUAGGCAUUGUGAUGAGAAAAAAGUCUGUUCUCUGAAAUACCUGUCUUUGGAGAAUCACAAAACCCAAUGGUGAGCUUGGGGGUCUGUUUUGCCUAUGAUCUUGCUUCCAGGUUGGCAGUCUCCAAAAGCAGGUAAUCUUAUGUCAGAAAGAUACUCAGAUAUCUUUGCAGGUAGGGCGCCUGGUCAGAAUAAACAGACUUUUUAUUCACCAUGAAUAAAUGAGGAGAAGGCUACAAAAACAAAUAAAUUGGUAAAUUGACAGUUAACAAAUUGUGUAAGAAUCUGAGGUAGCCAGUAGUGCUAUAGGAGGAGAAGAGCUCCCUAUCCAGGCUGUAAAGUAAAACAUAGCCACCACCUGGAGUCCACAAUGCAACUUGCUCAUGACUCCCCUGAUUUUCUAGAAGUGCAUUACUGACCUUCCUUAGUGAAGCAUGUGGUGUCAGCCGCUCCUGUGGACAAGCUACUGGCUUCUCCCCUCCCCUCCCCUGAAAGGAAACAGUAGGGCACAUCAAGAGACAUUUUUCUGCAACAGGAAAGGAAAGAAGUUUUUUAAUGCAUUGCACUCUGAUUAGUGGAGGUGCCUUCAUUCACAAGGGGGAGGAGGAGGUUAUGCUUGUCACAUCCUGAAGUGCUGUCCCUCUUUCUCAUAUCACCAGAGGUGGUAAAAAAUACAGCAGCUGUGUCACAGAGAAUGCUAUUAUCAGCUUUGGGUAGCCAGAAAUGUAACUGUUCUUUUCACAUGGGUAUUCAGGAAAAGAGAAUGGACAUGGCACAAUUUAUUUGCUGCAGCAGCCAGAGCUAUAUUGAAGGAUGUUCUUAUUUUACAUAACAUUAUGCUCAGAUAUAUAUAAUAUUUGCAAUACCUUGUUUUAAGCAAUACCUAGAAUCAAACUAGAUACAAAAUUUCAAUGUUGUUGCCUGACAUUCUGUGUACACUUAGAAACGUUACACAUUUUCUGGCAUAUCACUCAGCAAAAAGUGUAUUAUAAAAAUUCACCCCUUUUAGAGGAACACAGCACCAGUGAUAACAGCAGUUUCUAAAAAAAAAAAUAAUAAAAUUAAGAAAACUUGUAAAAGGGAGCUCCUUUGAAAUUCUGCCAAAUCUUUUGAAUGGCCAGCAGUUUCUUAGCAAUAAGUCUCAGACUGUGUUCCUCCAGAGAUAACUAAGAGGCUAUGCCUUCAGCUUUCCCCAAAAAGACAAAGUUAAGUCUCUCAUCCAGCUGUUUACAAACUAAACUAUUCUAAGGCCUUACUAGCUAAAAGGAGUAUUCUUAACUUUAGGCUCCAUAAUAUGCAUGAACCAUCCAGAGAUUUUUGGUUUUUAAAAAAAAAAAAAAAAAAAAAAAAGGGAAAAGGAAAGAAAGAUGAACCUAUAUAUAAGGUGAAGGCUUUGACAUUUUGUUUGUUUGUUUAAAUUAAGGUCUGAAAAAAUUAUAACUUGCUGCAUAUAUGGAAACUGCAUGUGAAACACAGUUUUGCAUUUCAGAUGUGGAAUUCUAUCAUUUGGUUUAAGCUCUGUUUAGCUUCUGGAAAAGUUGGCUGAAAUUUGCUCAGCAAGAACACAGGUGGCUGUGCCCAAGACCUGCCUGACAGACUUGGCCCAGGCUGUAUACUCUGUGGAAUGCUGUGCCUGGCACCUCUACCCCCCAGCUGGGUGGAAAUGGGAGGGGGCAUGCACACUACUGGGUGAAAAUGGGUGCUGGCACCACACUGAGAUUUUCUUUAGUGUCAAGUUUCAGGGUUGCUUGCUUUUCUUCUUUUUUGAGUUCUCUUUUAUGCAAAAUCAUGUGCUAGUUAGGACAACAAUGUACCUACUUACAAGUUUAAGUCUAGUUAGACUUACAGAAACAAGCCUAAAACUUCAAAGAUAUUAAACUUGGCUGCUGCUUUCAUCCUUAAGCAUUUGGAAAUGGAAUAUGUAAUGAUUAAAGGAAAGUACAUGAAAUAUAUUGAGCAGAAUCUAAACUUAUUUUUCAGACUUCAUUUAUAUAUCAUUAAUCGUUAUUUUAUAAUCAAUCACCAUAAAACAGCAGAUUGUCUGCUUAUGUACUUCCACUUCAUUGCUUAGCCAUCUGAAAACAGACCACUGCAGCCACCCCGUGCUGCGGCAAUUUCAUGUACAGUAUAUCUGGGAUUAUAUUAAAUAUUACAGUAUUUCCAAUAAUUCAUAGAGUGUGUUUCUCACUAUUUAAAUACAGCCAUAAAAUAAUUCUAAUACUACUAUUAAAAUAACUGACUGUAAAACCCA